AUGGCGACCACGUCGAACAUGUUCCUCUACUCGCUGACCAUCCAGCCACCCACUCACAUCACACAGGCUGUGGUCGGUCAGUUCGCGGGCACCAAGGAGCAGCACAUUGUGACUUCAUCGGGCUCACGUCUCGUUCUCCUUCGUCCUGACCCUACCCAAGGGAAGAUCAUCACGCUUCUAUCCCACGAUAUCUUCGGUAUCAUCCGGUCGAUGGCAGCUUUCAGGCUAGCUGGAAGUAGCAAAGACUACCUCAUCCUCGCCACUGACUCUGGAAGAAUUACCAUCCUCGAAUACAUUCCUGCGCAAAACUGCUUCACGCGAGUGCAUUUGGAAACGUUCGGAAAGUCUGGUGUCCGAAGAGUAAUUCCCGGGGAGUACCUUGCGUGCGACCCGAAGGGAAGAGCUUGCCUUAUUGCCUCAGUUGAGAAGAACAAGCUUGUCUACGUCUUGAACCGAAAUGCCCAGGCUGCCCUGACCAUUAGUUCUCCUCUCGAAGCCCACAAGCCCGGUGUCCACGUGCUCUCGAUGACUGCGUUAGACGUCGGUUACGCCAACCCCGUCUUCGCUGCUCUCGAGACAGAUUAUACCGAGGCUGAUCAGGACCCGACCGGCCAAGCUGUCGACGAGAUCGAGCCUCAUCUGGUAUACUACGAGCUCGAUCUUGGUCUCAAUCAUGUGGUUCGAAAAUGGUCCGAGCCCGUAGACCGUACGGCAGCGAUGUUAUUCCAGGUCCCUGGAGGGAAUGACGGCCCUAGUGGAGUCUUAGUCUGCGGUGAAGAGAGCGUUACUUAUCGUCACUCGAACCAGGACCCCUUCCGUGUUCCCAUUCCCCGGAGGCGGGGUGCCACCGAGGAUCCUUCGAGGAAGCGCAACAUCGUCGCCGGAGUGAUGCAUAAGUUGAAGGGAAGCGCAGGAGCUUUCUUUUUCCUGCUGCAGACCGAAGAUGGCGACUUAUUUAAAGUCACAAUCGAUAUGGUUGAGGACGACGACGGUAACCCGACUGGUGAAGUGAGGCGGCUGAAGAUCAAAUAUUUCGAUACCGUACCCCUCGCUACAAGUCUGUGCAUCCUGAAAAGUGGCUUCCUCUACGUUACCAGUCAGGCUGGCAAUCAUCAAUUCUACCAGUUUGAGAAGCUUGGAGAUGAUGACGAUGAGCCUGAAUUCUCCAGCGAUAAUUUCCCCGCCGACCCCAAUGCUUCCUAUGACCCCGUCUAUUUCCAUCCGAGACCAGCGGAGAACUUGGCUUUGGUGGACAGCGUGGACUCUAUGAACCCCCUAGUUGACUGCAAAGUCGCCAAUCUGACAGAUGAGGAUGCGCCUCAAAUCUACACCGUCUGUGGAAGCGGUGCGAGGAGUACUUUUAGGAUGAUAAAACAUGGACUUGAGGUGGAAGAAAUCGUCGCCUCUGAGGUCCCAGGUAUCCCGUCUGCUGUUUGGACUCUCAAGCUUAAUCGCGGGGACCAAUACGACGCCUACAUCAUUCUUUCCUUCACCAACGGGACUUUUGUCCUCAGCAUCGGCGAAACUGUUGAGCAAGUAAACAACUCUGGUUUCUUGACAUCAGUCCCGACGCUGGCUGCGCAACUCCUGGGCGAGGACGGCCUCAUCCAGGUCCAUCCCAAGGGCAUCAGGCACAUCUGCCGCGGGGAGGUGCAAGAGUGGGCAGCACCCCAGCAUCGCUCCAUUGUGGCGGCAGCGACCAAUAGCCAUCAAGUGGCGAUCGCCCUGAGUUCGGGCGAAAUCGUUUACUUCGAAAUGGACGCUGACGGCUCCCUAGCGGAAUACGAUGAGAAAAAGGAAAUGAAUGGCACUGUUACUUGCCUUAGCCUUGGCGAGGUCCCUGAAGGCAGACGGCGAAGCUCGUUCUUGGCAGUAGGAUGUGACGAUUGCACUAUCCGUAUCCUCAGUCUCGACCCGGAUUCGACAUUAGAAAGCCGGUCGGUUCAGGCUUUGACUGCAGCCCCAUCAUCUCUAUCCAUUAUGGCCAUGUACGAUUCCUCUUCGGGAGGAUCUACCCUCUAUCUUCACAUCGGGUUGCACUCCGGGGUGUAUCUUCGGACAGUUCUCGACGAAGUCACGGGCGAGUUAACGGACACGAGGCAGAAGUUCCUUGGUCCUCGCCCUGUUAAACUAUCCCAGGUCUCUGUUAAGGGCCAGACAUGUGUUCUGGCUUUGAGCUCACGACCUUGGCUGGGCUACGCAGAUCCAAUCUCCAAGAGCUUUGUUAUUACACCCCUAAACUAUGUUGAUCUAGAAUGGGGUUGGAACUUCACAAGCGAGCAGUGUGAGGAGGGUAUUGUUGGUAUACAAGGUCAAUCGCUUCGGAUCUUCUCCAUCGAAAAACUAGGUGAGACUCUGAUCCAGAAGUCUGUUCCUCUUACAUAUACCCCUAAAAAGCUCGUCAAACACCCCGAGCACCCUAUUCUCUACACAAUCGAAGCAGACAACAAUACCCUACCACCAGAGCUCCGUGAGCAGUUGCUGGCCGACCCCGGGGUUGUAAAUGGAGACGGCACAGUUUUACCCCCUACUGAGUUCGGCUAUCCGAGAGGCAAGGGCCGCUGGGCGUCAUGCAUCAAUGCCGUGGAUCCAUUGGGAGAUGAGCCACGAGUAACGCAGACCAUCGACUUCAAGAAUAACGAAGCUGCCACUUGUACUGCUAUUAUUCCAUUUGCCAGCCAAGAUCAGGAACCUUUCCUUGUCGUAGGAACUGGCAAGGACAUGAUUCUCAACCCUCGCCAGUUCUCUGAAGGAUACAUACAUGUAUACCGUUUCCACGAGGAAGGUAAGGAGCUCGAGUUCAUUCACCAGACCAAGGUUGAGGAGCCUCCCAGUGCAAUGCUCGCCUUCCAGGGCAAAUUGCUUGUGGCCAUCGGGAAGACGCUGCGCAUCUACGACCUUGGCAUGAAACAGAUGCUCAGGAAGGCGCAGGCUACCGUCUCGGCCCAUCUCAUCGUGUCCCUUAACGUACAGCAUAACCGCAUCGUUGUGGGUGAUGUGAUGCAAGGGAUCACCUACGUCGCGUACAAACCAAUGGCGAACAAGCUCAUUCCCUUUGCAGAUGAUACGAUCUCGCGUUGGGUGACUUGCACGACAAUGGUGGACUACGAAUCAGUGGCCGGAGGCGACAAGUUUGGCAACCUAUACAUUCUUCGUUGCCCACUCCAGGCGAGUGAGGAGGCAGAUGAGGAUGCAACCGGCGUACACCUCCUUCACUCUCGGGACUACCUCCACGGCGCGCCAAAUCGGCUGGAUCUCAUGGCGCACUUCUACACUCAGGACAUUCCCACAAGCAUCACCAAGACCAACCUAGUUGUUGGCGGCCAGGACAUUAUACUCUGGUCUGGAAUUAACGGCUCCAUAGGGGCUCUAAUUCCCUUUGUCAGCCGCGAGGAUGCCGAUUUCUUCCAGACUCUGGAGACACAUAUGAGGAGCGAAGAUCCACCUCUGGCUGGCAGGGAUCAUCUUAUCUACCGUGGCUACUACGUUCCUGUCAAGGGUGUCAUCGAUGGUGACCUCUGCGAGCGGUACGCCCUCCUUCCCAACGACAAGAAGCAGAUGAUUGCGGGAGAGCUGGACCGGUCCGUCCGGGAGAUCGAGAGGAAAAUUUCGGACGUCCGGACACGCUCAGCUUUCUAA